AUGUCUUCCUCUCAGGGCCUCAACUAUAUUGUUGACUGGUGGUACCCAUACUAUCAAUCUUGCCAGAAAUAUUUAUUGGUAAUUGCACAACACACUAACCAUGUGCAAGCCCUUGCUGCAUCCGUAAACCUCCGGCUUCCUUUUCAGAUUCUGCAACCGCCGAAUGGCGACGAUAUAUUGACCAUCUACAUCCGCCGAUUAGUCGCAACCGGUUUAGAUACUCCCAGCAUCUUAUACCUGUUUUUCGGAGACGACUGGCCUAUGGGCAUAGGUCAUAUUCAUCAAGUCGAACGGAGAAAUUAUUUAUGUGCUGCAAAAAGCGCGAGUUGGUUAGAGGUUAAAUCAUAUUACGAUGUGGGAGACGGGCAGAGCAUCCCAUAUCUCCGACCGUUGCAGAACGCUACGGAAGAGGAAAUCGUUGCCGCCGAAUCGGCUUGGAGCGCAUGGUUGGCAAUGCAGGACUGGAUGGUAGGACCCCGCUCACCUUAG